UCGCGUCGGGCGGAGCUUCAGGUCCUGUUCGCCUCUCCGGCUUCUCCAUACAAAGAUUACGGUGCAGAAGGAAAUUGCACUUGCCUCCUCCGCCCCCCGGUACCCAGCACAAUGCACCAGCCGCCAGAGUCCACUGCCGCGGCGGCCGCUGCUGCAGACAUUAGUGCUAGGAAGAUGGCGCACCCGGCAAUGUUCCCUCGAAGGGGCAGCGGUGGUGGCAGCGCCUCUGCUCUCAAUGCAGCAGGUACCGGCGUCAGUGGUGCUGCUCCAUCUUCUGAAGAAUUUCCUCCUCCUUCGCUGCUCCAGCCGCCGCCUCCUGCUGCAUCUUCCACGCAGGGACCACAGCCUCCGCCUCCACAAAGCCUGAACCUCCUCUCGCAGGCUCAGCUGCAGGGACAGCCUCUUGCGCCAGGCGGAACUCAGAUGAAAAAGAAAAGUGGCUUCCAGAUAACUAGCGUUACUCCGGCUCAGAUCUCUGCCAGCAUCAGCUCUAACAACAGCAUAGCAGAGGACACGGAGAGCUACGACGAUCUGGACGAGUCGCACACGGAAGAUCUCUCUUCUUCCGAGAUCCUUGAUGUCUCCCUUUCCAGGGCCACUGACUUAGGUGAGCCUGAACGCAGUUCCUCAGAGGAGACUCUGAAUAACUUCCAGGAAGCUGAGACACCUGGGGCAGUCUCUCCUAACCAGCCCCACCUUCCUCAGCCUCCUUUGCCUCACCUUCCACAACAAAACGUUGUGAUCAACGGGAAUGCUCAUCCACACCACCUCCAUCACCACCAUCACAUUCAUCAUGGGCACCACCUUCACCAUGGACACCACCAUUCAUCCCAUGGCUCUGUGGCCAGUACAUCCAUUCCUGGAGGGCCACCCUCGAGCCCAGUGUCCAGGAAACUCUCCACAACUGGAAGUUCUGAUGGUGGUGUGCCAGCCGCACCUCCUCCUGCUGUCUCAUCGAGUGGCUUACCUGCAUCAGUGAUGGCGACGAACAUCCGUGCUCCAAGUACUACAGGCAGCAUAGGUGUAAAUUCAGUUACUGGCACGAACGCAACGAGUAAUGCCAACAUGGCUACUGUGGGUAGUUUCGGUCCCAGCGUGACAAACAUCGCGCAUAGCAAUGCUAAUAUAAGUACAAGCAAUAUUCCUAAUGCUGCUAGCAUGAGUGGUGGGCCUGGCGUUACCAGUGGUGUUAAUGUGAAUGUCUUGAGUGGCAUGGGCAAUGGUACCGUUUCUUCCUCUCCUGUGGCUAACAGUGUCCUUAAUGCAGCUGCAGGUAUCACUGUGGGAGUCUUUUCCAGUCAGCAGCAGCAGCAGCAGCAGCAACAACAACCAACAGUUAACACAUCGAGGUUCAGAGUUGUGAAGUUAGACUCUACUUCUGAACCCUUUAAAAAAGGUAGAUGGACUUGCACUGAAUUCUAUGAGAAAGAAAAUGCUGUGCCAGCUACAGAAGGCGUGGCCAUAAAUAAAGCGGUGGAGACCGUGAAGCAAACCCCCACGGAAGUGUCGUCCUCAGAGAGAGAGAGCACUAGUGGGAGCUCCGUGAGCAGCAGUGUCAGCACACUGAGUCACUACACAGAGAGUGUGGGAAGUGGAGAGAUGGGAGCCCCUUCUGUGGUGCAGCAGCCACCGACGCUACCUCCAGCGCCUCCAGGUCUUCAAGGUGUGGCCCUCCAACAGCUAGACUUCAGUAGUCCUGCUCCACAGAGUAUUGCGGCGGUUAGUAUACCACAGAGUAUUUCUCAGUCACAGAUGUCACAAGUACAGUUACAGCCUCAAGAAUUGAGCUUUCAGCAGAAGCAGAGUCUUCAACCUGUUCCUCUGCAAGCCACUAUGAGUGCAGCAACUGGUAUCCAGCCUUCACCUGUCAGCGUGGUCGGCGUAACGUCAGCUGUAGGCCAACAGCCUUCCAUUUCCAGUCUGGCUCAACCCCAGCUGCCAUAUUCUCAGACAGCUCCUCCUGUGCAAACUCCUCUUCCAGGGGCACCACCCCAGCAGUUACAAUAUGGGCAACAACAACCAAUGGUUCCUACACAGAUAGCCCCAGGCCAUGGCCAGCCAGUGACUCAAAAUCCUACUUCAGAGUACGUACCGCAGCAGCAGCAGCCUCCGCCGCCAAUGUUUCAAGCAGCAAUGUCCGCUGGACAGUCCAGUUCCACAGGCCCGGGAGCAGGGACAUCAGUGAUUCCUGUGGUUCAGCCACAAGGGAUCCAGCUGCCCAAGCAGCCCACAGCAGUACAAGCACAACCUGCAGGGGCAUCCGGGCAGCCCAUUGGCCAGGCUCAAACAGCAGUGUCCACUGUACCAACUGGCGGUCAGAUGGCAAAUAUCGGUCAACAGGCAAACAUACCCACUGCAGUACAGCAGCCCUCUACCCAAGUUACACCUUCAGUUAUUCAGCAAGGUGCUCCUCCGUCUUCACAAGUAGUCCUACCUGCUCCAACUGGGAUAAUUCAUCAGGGAGUUCAAACUAGUGCUUCAAGCCUUCCUCAACAAUUGGUCAUUGCACCCCAGAGUACCUUGGUAACUGUGCCUCCCCAGCCACAGGGAGUAGAAACGGUGGCUCAAGGAGUUGUUUCCCAGCAGUUGCCCACAGGUAGUCCUCUGCCCUCCGCAAGCACUAUUUCUGUUACAAAUCAGGUUAGUUCAGCUGGCCCUCCUGGAAUGCCUUCUGUCCCAACAAACUUAGUUCCACCACAGAAUAUAGCACAACCCCCAGCCACCCAAAAUGGCAGUUUGGUUCAAAGUGUUAGUCAAUCUCCCUUGAUAGCCACUAACAUAAAUUUGCCUUUGGCACAACAGAUACCACUAAGUUCUACUCAGUUCUCUACACAAUCAUUAGCUCAGGCAAUUGGAAGCCAAAUGGAAGAUACCAGGCGCCCAGCGGAGCCCUCCUUAGGCGGCUUACCUCAGACUAUCAGUGGUGACAGUGGGGGAAUGUCAGCAGUUUCAGAUGGGAGUAGCAGCAGCCUAGCAGCCUCUGCUUCUCUCUUCCCGUUGAAGGUGCUACCGCUGACAACACCCCUGGUGGAUGGCGAGGACGAGAGCUUUGGUAUGUUUCCACACUGGCUGCCAGAGCCAGGAGGAAGUGAAGGCAGUAGACACUGUCGUGAUCACUGCCUCCAUAAUGCUGAGAUAUAACCUUUGUUGGUUGUUUGGUAGAGAACAGGAGAGCACAGCCCUCGGCCCACUUAACAGGUAAGGAACCUCGUGAUGACCAAGUGGUGUGAGGGAAAGUAACCUGGCUGCAUUUCCCCUUCUUCGCUCACCCAGAAUGUACCAAGUCCCAGAAGUAGGAUGCCACGGCUGACUGAUACAUGCAUCAGGAACACACAGCACCCUUACAGAUAGAGGGAGAGCUUCAGACUUAACCAGAAGUUACCAUGCUGUACACAAGAGAACUGACCAUUUCCCUUGAGGCAGAGCUGUUAGUCCCCAUAACUUUAAAUCCUCGCCUGCCUCUCUGCUUCUCCUUUGAGCUUUCCCUUGAUCAGACUAUGUGCUUUUGAACCUCUGUAAAGCUAUUUUCCAGCAUCUUCAUCUAUUGUUUGGUAUACUUCAAUAUUUUAAUUUCUACAUUCUGGCCACUAAUGAUUAUUCCUGGUCCCUCUUGACUCCAAAUAAAAGGAUUGUGCAUUUAAAAAAAUUUUAAGUAUCUAUUACCUAUGAAUAUUAUCCUGCCCUCCAGUUUCAAGGAUGACAGGCCGCUUGAAAAUGAAAACCUUUUCAUUGGCAUUAGUCAGAGCUUUGAUAAAACACCAGUUUAACCUUUUUUUUUUUUUUAAUGAUAGUGGCCUAUAGUAUUGAUCGGUCUGUCUAAAUUACUGGAAUUUAAACCUUUAAAUUGAGCUCUGUAGACAUUCCUGAUUAGUAGUAUUUAUUCUUUUACUAUGAUUAUUCUGUUCCUAUUUUCCAAUCCAUCCUCUUCUCUUCGAUAGAAGAAUUAACUGGGGAUCUUUUGAUGUAUCAGGCUGAAUGCCUUCUCCCUGUCCCUUUAAAACAACUCUGAUCUUGUUUCCCAUAAUGAUUUAUGAUUUUUUUCCCCUCCGAUCUUCUGUUUGAAGUUGAGUGGUUUGUCACCGAGUAUGUUAUGGCUUAGACCAGUACAGAUGUCUUCUUAGUAGCUACUGAGGAAAUCAAUCAUUUGUGGUAACAGAUGUCUAAAAUUGAAAUUAAGAUGGUACUUAAGAAAGUGUGCACCAAGAUAGCUCCUUUUUGUCCUGAGGAUAAGCCAUUACAAACUCAAAUGACCAGAGUAUGUAAUUUUUUUUAAUAAGAAUUUUUUCUUAAAUCUAUAUUCAGCUCUAUUUCAGUGCUUCUCUCCUACCAGAGGUGCAAGGAGUGAUCCUAGAGCCACAGAUACAGCCAAGACCACGGAGAGCUUUUGACGUCAGGGCUCCACUUUCUCCACUGAACCCUUGGAGACAGAAUAUCCAGCUUCUGGAGAGAGUGGGAAAGGAUAAUAAACAAGUGGGUGCUUUCCAUUAUUUACUUGGGUUUAUGUAUAGAGUGGCGUGUCCUUCUAUUACCCAUUUAUUCUGUUGGUAAGCCCCUUGGCUUCUUCCAGGAGCCAGGUGGGACUGCAGUCUGUGUUUCCUGAGAGUACUGUCUAGUGCCCAUUCACAAAACAAACCUAGCAUUUAUUUAAUUUUCUCUCCAGAUAACAUGCAGUGGAUAAUCUGGGGCACACACAAAAUUUGCUCCUUGCCUGUGUAGCUCACAGGAAUUAAAGAAAAGCAGUCAUGUUCUGGCCUUUAUUAUAGCAGUGAACUUGAUAGAGUUCUUGUAGAGUCCAGAAAUUGAAGUUUCUGUGCUUCAUCUUGGAACUGGACACCUGAAAUCUCUAAUUUUAUACAGUUGAAUAUUCAGGUGUCACCCUGCCCUGUUAGCGAGGACUUUUUGGUCUUUUUUUCUACCUUAAAUGUUAGGCCUUCCCACUCGGUCUCUUAGGAGAUGAGUGAUAGUGCUAUUGUGGCUUUAUUGUCAAAUGUAGGUGUCAUUCUUUAAUAAAAUAAAUAUGAAUGAAUAUAAGUUUCAGGAUUUAAUGUCCCCGAAAGCUAUAUACUCAAAAGUAGUUUUCUAGUCCCUAGGAAUGUAAUUUUUGCCAACACUAGAUUUUUCCUAGGGCAUUUUAAGGUGGUUCUUUCUUAGUUUCUUUGAUGCCAAGGGUAGGGCGUGAGUCCAGGCAUUUCUUACCAUCUACAGUGGGUAGAAUGUGAAGUUGGUGCUUUGGCAAGUUUUCAUUGUUUCCUUGGUGGCUUCUUCUGUGACUCCAGGUAUCUUGAUAAUGGGAGACCGGUUUAUUUGUUCUCUAAUUGCCCAGAUUUCUUUCAACUGGUAAAACAUCAUACCUCUUCAGCAAAAGGAACUCUUCUAGCAGAGCCCUCAUGGAUGAUAUCUGUCACACAUGGCAGCACCUGCAGUUUGGAAGGCAGUGGUGAAUGGAUCCAUGCACUAUGUCUAGAAGACACAAGGAUGAGCCAGCCACCUGAUCUUGUUACUUACAAACUUCUAAGAUUUAUUCUGGUUUAUUUUUGGUCUGAAAAUGGAAAGGCUCAAAUAAUGAAGUAAUCCUUUCAUAUUGGAGUUUUACAUGGCCAUGAAAAUAUUUCUUAUUCUGAAGAUUGAAAUAGAGGAAGUUUGAGAGUCUUGUCUUUCAAAGCAGCUCUCUGUAUCUGUGUCACUUAAAAGAUUGUGGGACUGAAAAUCAUUUUAAUCACAUAGGCAACCCCCACUUUUAAAAGUAGCAUUAAAAAAAUACAGACUGUUUGAGGAACCCUUCCGCCACCUCUUUUGUCACCCUGUGCUAAAGUGAAUAAAGGGUGAGCCCAAGUCUUGAAGAGUUCGUAAGUGUUAGGACUUACUCUUGACUCAUCUUUUGCUGGUCCUGAGCCUUAUUCUUAACUGUAAUUUAUCAACUCAUGAAAGCCAUAGAGCUGUCUCGGAGACCCGACAGAGUCCAGUCUGUGUUCCUAAACAGUAAAUGCCCGUUAGGGUUUACUCUGCACUGGAGGCCUUCUGCCGCUUGAGUGAAGCGGAGCAGAGGCAAUGAACAGUCAGAAUAGCCUGUAGGUGUCAAUAGGUUUAAAGGAACUGUCCAGAUUACCAGUUGGCAGUAGCUAUCAAAAUGCUGUUUCUUUCUUUGGUUAUCAGGUAACUGGCCAGUCAGAGCUAUUAAGGAAAACCAUAACAGUCACCUGAUACUACCAGUUCCUUUUAAAUUGGAAUAAUUUUUAAGGAGAGCAAUUGUAGAAUUAAUAAUAGGACAACUAAAAUGUUAGCCUCUCAACAUUUAAGGCUAUCAGCUAGGAGAUAACCUGCUUUUAGUCUUUCUUGGCUAUAAGAACUAUUUCUUAAUUAUAAAUCGUUUUUCAAAAGUUUAACGCUUAAAAGUAAAUAUCAAAGAUAAUUUUGAACUGAAAAAUUCCCCACAGUACUCUGAAUUCCUGUAGAAUGAUUACAGCUUUGUAGUCCUGACUUAAUAAGAUAGUUCACAAGUACAUAAAAAAAAAAAAAGAAAUUAUCUAACAUUUUAGAAGGAAUUCAGAACUGAAAGCGAGAUUUACCUAGACAUCCCAUUGCAUUCUUUAAACCACAGUGCAAACCAUUUUAUGGCCUGAGUCCACUAGUCUUUUGUCUCAGCACUGAAGACAGAAAGUGAUUUAACUUGGAAUCUCAAGCUUUAAUGAAUCUCAGCUCUGUUCCUUAACGUAUGCAAAAGAGAUGUAAGUGCAUUUCCCGUUACCUCAUGCACUACAAGCUACUGCAAAGUGAAACUUUGUAUAUCACUGUGAACUGUUUUGUUUGAAUUUUAAUUUUGAUGCAUUUUCUUUUUAGAUUUUUAAAGAACAAUUUCGUGUCACAAUAUGCAAUUCUAUAUC